CCAGCUCGCGGGAAUAUUAUGGUCCUGUUGCAUAGCGCUCGGUGAGAGAAAGAGAGAGAGCGAGAGCAAUCACAUCAUGACUCUUUAUCAUCCACAUCUAUUUCCCCAACGGACGUUCUCGUGAUAACAUCGGACAUUUACUGACAGACGGCUGUUUAGAUGGCUCCGUAGGUACUACUAACGGUAGGUUCAUGUGAAUUGGACGUUCUCUACAUGUUUGGGACCUUCAAUAAAGGACACAUGAAAGGGACAUCAUCUGAAAACUCAGUUUUUGUUUGGCAGCGUUUGACAGCAGUGAGCCACGUGUGCUAAUUUACAUGUUUAAAACUCAUUACUGACGGAUUAUUAUGCGUAAGUCGUGUGAACUGGACACUUCUGACUCCACAAUCUUGAUAUUUUAUACUCUGGUGUAAAUUUCAGUUCCUAUAUUGACUUUUUUUUUAUAUAAAUCUUUCUCGAAGUAUUCUGAAACAUGGCUUUACCUGACAAUGCUGUUAGCCGUCCUGUGGAGGACCUGUCCUUCCCUGAAAUCAUUGAGCUGAACGUGGGGGGUCAGGUGUACAUCACGCGCGUCUCGACUCUGACCAGCGUGCCGGACUCGCUCCUGUGGGAGAUGUUCAGUCAGAAGAGCACCAGCAGUCUGGCGCGCGACACCAGAGGCCGUUUCUUCGUGGACCGAGACGGAUUCCUGUUCCGGUAUAUUCUGGACUACAUGCGAGACGGUCAGCUGGUGCUCCCGGAGCACUUCCCCGAGCGAGGCCGUCUGCAGCGAGAGGCCGAGUUCUUCCACCUCCCCGAGCUGGUGAAGCUGCUGGCCCCCAAGCUCACCAAACAGAGCUCGCUAGGGGACGAGGGCUGUCAGAGCGACCCCGAGGACCCCUCGCCCGGGGCCGACGUCGCCCGCAGCCUCGGGGCCGCUCCCUGCUCCAGCGACGGGAAGUGCUCCGGCUUCAUCACCAUCGGCUACCGGGGCUCCUACACGCUCGGCCGGGACAGCCAAACAGACGCCAAGUUCAGACGCGUGGCUCGGAUCAUGGUGUGUGGGAAGACCUCUCUCGCUAAGGAGGUUUUCGGGGAAACGCUGAACGAGAGUCGCGACCCCGAUCGCCCUCCAGAGCGCUACACGGCGCGCUUCUACCUAAAGUUUACUUUCCUGGAGCAGGCUUUCGACCGGUUGGCGGACGCCGGCUUCCACAUGGUGGCCUGUAACUCCACAGGGACCUGCGCCUUCGCUCACGAGCAGACUGACGACAAGAUCUGGACCAGCUACACCGAAUACGUAUUCUUCCGUGAGUGAUCUUAACCCCUGCCUCCCGAGCCAGAGAUCAUGUAGACGCUUCUAGAUCACGUCCAUCAGACCUUCUCCAGUGACCCGUCCUCCCUCCAAACCAUCCCUGUUGAUCCUCCCCUCACCGAGAGACUGCCUUCCCCUUCUCCCAGCUCCUGAGAAGCGCAGCGUCGUGCCGUUGUUGAUGUGUUUUGUCCAGCUAACACUUGUUAGCGUGAACUGCUAAACUAGGCUUGAGCCAUUCGAAAGGGCUUCUCGUGACACUCAAAUGAUAAAGCUUUUGAGUUGUUCAUGUUGCGAAAUAGAGAUGUAAUCGAUUUAAAUCAUUGGGGUCACUAUGAAUCCUUUAAAAGGGGCCAAAGGAAAGAGAAUCCAUCUUUAUGGAUAGAUGCAGUCACGGAGAGACCAGAAGAUGAAACGUGUCAAACUAUUUUAACUAGCAUUACUGAAUAGUGUCAAAGCAGGUCUGGAUUUAGUAAUUGCACAGAACGGUAUAAUGCCACUCAAGUUUCCCGUUCAGUUGAACCAUAGCUAUACUGUGUCUUGUUGUUGCCUGCCAUUUGUGCCAAUUCUUUCAUAUGCUUGUUGUUUAUUAAGUUAAACGCUUCAUGUAUUUAAGAUACAUAUAUUUAAAUUCAUUAUUCAAGUGCAUUUAGUAAUUGAUGUUUGCAUAUAUCUUAAGCCAUAGCCUGUUAUGAAACACCGUAUGUUUUUAAUCAUGCAACUGAUAUUAGUCAAAUAGAUAUUUUCUUCUUCAUUAAAUGCAGUGCCAUUGUUCGAAGGAGGAUUUUAGAGCUUUAAAUUUCAGGUAUUUCCAUUGUAACCUCAGGCCAGCAUUGCCAUUAACUCAACACAAAUCUCACGAUGAGAUGAUGCAUAUCAACCAGUCGUUUAUUUUACGUCAAUCAGAACUGAACUCCAUCCCUAAUUUCCUGAUAGUGUUUUAAAGGUCGUGUCUGGGCAUUGUUUAAAGUGAAGUGCUAGUCUCAAAGUGUCUUUAUGAAAGCAUGAAUAAAAACCAGUAUAUUGUCCUAAAUAUCGAAAAAAUGUAUGUAUUCAAUGCAUUUGCACAUAAUCAAAACCAAAGUGAUAUCCAAACUUUGCCUGUACUAUCAGUGAAAUGAAAUCAAACUGAAAUGAAAGCCAGUCUUUCAUAUCUCAGUUUCAGUGCUUCGUUCACCAGAGAAAUCUCUAUACUGAAGACCUUUUCCGCAAGCAUAAAAAAAUCAAGACUACACUGUAAAAAAUAAAAUAACAGAAAAGUACUUGCAGCCAUUAAACACAUUUGUUAACCCUAAAACACAAUGCAAUGAAGCGUAAAAGACUAAAUAAUGGUAAAACUAAUAAAUAUGUUAGGUAUGAAUAUUGAUACUGGGUAGAUCUGCAUUGCUCAGGGAAAGUUGAAGCAUUGCAUCAGAUUAUUAAAUCUUUCUCCCCUCAAGUCUCUUCUCCACCAAAUCCUCUGUUAUCAUGCUGCUACUAAUAUCUCUUUUUCAUUUUGCUCUGGCGUUUCAAGACUUCAAAGCAUGAACAUAGGCAAGGCCAGGAUGAAAACCAGGACAAACCUAUAACCAGCUCAGUCAAAGCAGAUUACCCAACCAGCCUUUGUGUUUCUGUGUCUAAUCUAUCUAAUUAACUCUGCGCUGGUACACCGAGCAGCUCCAGACAGGAACGAGGGAGAGACAUAUUCACAGAUCCUUUCAGAGAUGAUUCAGACAGACAAACUGAGAUCGCUGAUACAUGGGCUGAAAUGAUUAAACAUUAACAUCCCUGACGUAUGAUGUAGAUCCUGUGCAAAACACUGCUGCAUGCAUUUAUAGAUCCUGGGGUUAAAUGUAAUUCAUUUAAAAACAAUAAGCCCAAGUAACAUCACAGACAAUGUGAAGAAGUUUUUCUUGUAAAUAUGUUCCACUACAGAAGUCAAAUUGGUUAGGCAUGUCGACUUAUUUGAGUGUUUGUAGAUGUAGAUCACAGCAGGUGGGUUUUAGAAACAUCUAAGCUUGGUGCAAUAGUUAAAUGGUGAAGUGAUUUGUGACCGUAAACCGUCGAUCCUUCGGUCUGCCCAGAGGGAUAAUUGUUGCAGUGUGUGCUGAUGUUAUUUUAUAGGGUUCAGGCACAGCUAUUAAGCAGUACUGCAGUCAUUCUGCCUCCUAUAACUCAUAAUCAUUAUAGACAGUAAGGGAGAUCUAUCCCCCCAAUCAUAACAGGGUUUUUCAUUGACCGAUUAUUGGAUUUGUCUGUUUAUUGGAAUCAUUAAUAUCUUGUGUGGAAGGCACACAGCUGUUGAUGUGUGGAGGGGUGAUGAUGCCUCCAUUGAUCAGCUUUACUAAUUAAAACAGGCAGUGAGGGAGAAGGAAACGUAUCUGCUGAUGUUGAGGAAGAGGCAGAACCUCAUCAGCCACUGAUAACCUCUUCUGUUCUGGCCUUGUAUCUUUUCUGUUUUAAAUGUGAUCAUUUCCCGCUUUUCUGUGAUUGCUCCAGAGUAAAAUAGACUAGGUCUCAAACCGAGUUCAUUUUGUAAUAAUUCAUUUCAGACACAUGUCAUUAAAUUCUAAUUUAAAAAUGAUCUGAGCUACAGUUCGAUAAUCCCCAAGGAAUAUAAAGAUUGCUAUUACAAUAGGACAUAAACUGGAAACGACAAUCCACAGGGACCCUAAUGGUGUCCUCUCAAACUCAAACGCUUCUUUUCAGAGCAACAGAAUCUUUAUCUAUUUGUAGCUUAUGAUUGGAGGAUACUUGUGUGACGCUAUAGCAAACCUUUGGCUCUAUAUUGUGAUUGAAAUUGCAUUACCUUUCCUGUAUAUUCCCUUCUCUGUUGCUGCAUGUCAGAAUUGUCUCUUGUCUUCAGUUUAAGGCACGGUCCCACUGGAGAUGUCAGUGCAGAAUCAGGCUCCUUUGAGCAGAGGUCAGUUUUGAGCAGGAUUGGUGUGAAAUAUUGGGGAAAUAUUGGAGGACAGUUGAACUGGUAUGGUUCACCGUUGAAAUCAAUCCUAACUUGAUUGAUGAUGUAUACUUUUCAUUUUGCAAUCAUCGCAUGUUCCCAGUUACAUUAUAUAAAACUGUAAUAUAAUCAAAAGUAUGAUGCAUUCCUCCUGUUGCUUGUCUAUAAAUAAACUGCUUUCAGAGUACCUCAC